GCGUAGUUCUGUUGCUUUGUUGUCUUUGGUUGUCGGAGUUAUUAAAAUCUACUGCUCCGGUAUGUCUUCAUUUAUUAAAAUACAAUCUCUGAAAAGCAGUUUAUUUGGAGGCGUACGAAAUCCGGUGCUGUGUUUAUCUAGGACACUAAUGACAGCAGCAGAGAAGCUUGCCGCUGUUCCUGAUGUGGAUAUCGACCCAGAAGGAACAUUUAAGUAUGUUCUAAUACGUGUCUUUGGUCCAGAGGGUCCUGAUGGCAAAGAACCAAGCAAAUUAGUGGUGCGAGGAUACAAGCGAGCUGGCUUCCAUUCGGACGUCUACGAUGAGACGAUGGACAGGGUGAAAGGCCUUGGUGUUGAUACCGAGUGCACUGGUGGUGGCAGAAUACAGCAUGACCCCAGUGCCAAGGUCAUCAAAGUGUACGGCUACUCACAGGGGUUUGGGAAGGCAGACCACAGCAAGACUGUAGAAAUUCUGAAGACUGCAUAUCCUGAUUACAACAUUACUUGGAGUGAUGAAGGAUACUGAUUUGCUCAGGUUGUAAUAUUUGACAUUGCAUCUUUUGAAAAUGGGGCAGGAUGUUGUGCCCUGUUUCCUAUUGGAGUGUUUCUCUCUGAUCAGAAUUGGAGGCGUACAAUUCACUUGAACUUCCAUUGAUGUUGUUGAUGUCUUUGAAUCAUGUUGUUUCAUUGUGAUUAAUAAAAAAAAUUAUACAAUCCAA